AUGGCUGAUACAAAUGCAUCCGUAACAGAUCCCACCUCCAGAAUCCACGAGCCUUUAUCAAAAAAAACGCAUCCUGUUACGGAAAGCGAAGAGCCUAAUAAAAAGCUACUACGGCUACUUACAGAGGAAUACAGAGCCCACCCUUUGCCAGACGCAUCCUCAAAAGAGCACAA